GAAAGUUAGUUCUUCAGUUACUUGUGAGAGCCGGCCGGGUGAGGAUGAUUGCUAUGUGUCCCUCGUAGCUUGACACGGUUUAUCUGUAUGUGAAGUGUACAAUGUGCUCAAGACCCAGAGUGAGAGAGAGUGCAGGGCAUCCACUAGUACUCAGUGUGUGGGGACCAUGGGGGCAAUGGCCAAGUUAUGGGUUGUGUGUGUGAUGAUGGUGAUCCUCCAGACGCGAGCACUGGCAGAGUCCCCAGCGGCACUCCUGAGACUAGACAGCGAGGGGGCGACACUAGCAACAGACUCGGCGGCGACGGAGGACAGCGACGCGAAACUCAAAGCGGCGGCGACCUCAUCCGUCACCGAGGCGAGGGACGGAGGGGCACUAACGACGCUGGUGGAGGAAGACGCAUCGCCGCCCGCCACCACCCAGCAGGAAGAUGACGAGGCUCUCACCGCCGCCACCACACUGCUCGGCGGGGAGGAGGAAACACUUUUUACCCUGGGGGAGGAAGAAGCCACCGGUGCUUCCACUUCCGCGGAUGAGGACGAGUCAGUGACGGUGGAGACGGAAAGCCCUACCGGUGAGGAGGAGGAGGAGGUGGAGCAAGCGGAGGAAGAAGUGAUUGUAGUGGAGACAGUAGUCACCACAGUCACUCUCCCUGUGCACACUAGCCGCCGCCUGCCCCGCACAGUGUCACCGGGUCUGGAAGCCUCGCCCGCCCAUUACAAUGAGGUGGACGGCGCGGAGGAGUAUCGGGGCUUCCUCUCAGACCCGCCCAUGCUGUCCACCUUCAUGUCGGUGGCGUCGCGGCGGCCGGCGGAGCAACGGAGAAGCGACGGAAGUCCGGACAUCGACGACAUCAUUCAAGGCAUCGUGGACCUGCUCGGCGGCAACGUCAAGGUCACGGCCGCCGAGGAGCCCAACACGCGCCUCACCACCUUCCGCGGCGGCGCCUUCAGUAGCACGCGGAUCAACAACCGCGGUCCGCCGAGGCUCACGCACCUCCCCUUCGACAUGCUCUCCACCGUCCUGCCCACCCGCAUACCUAUCAGGCCGCCCAUCACCCCCCCGGCAGGAGCCCAACCAGGCCGCCCUCAGUUCGUGGCCAAUACACGCCCCCCGUUCCUGGCGCCGCUCCCGCCCUCACUGGCCUCCCGAGUCACGCCCGUCGUGCCCAAACCCUUCGCUACCGGUAUCCCCAUCCCAAUAGACCUCCUCCCACCCGACACGACCUCCGACCUCCCCCCGGAAGUUGUCACCACCUCCCCCGACGAUGAUGUCACGGUGGAGAGUUCGCCCGUCGUCGCGCCUUCCACUAAAGUCACUCCCCCGCCCCCACCCCCAUCCCAGGCCACGCCCACCACGCCUGUCUCAUCGUUAACUACCUCGACGUCACAGUAUUCACGCUCAUCGUCAUCAUCAUCAUCACCAUCACCGUCGCCCACGUUGUCCACUCCAUCAACAUCGGUUUCUCCCACAUCAUCAUCCACAUCCACGACCCCAACGUCAUCCGCGACUCCUUCAUUCCCUUCCACAACCCCUUCAUCCACUCCUGCGACUCCCUUAUCCCCCUCCUCGCUGGCCGAUUCCAACGAGAACACUGGAAGCAAAGACACGGGGGCUGCAACGCCAGAGGGAGGCGAGGCAGGCGACUCUCUCACUCCUGCGUCAGACGAACCCGAACACCCUUCGGAAGGGGAGAGCACAAACAUUACCCCAGAGACCAUCCCGCCCCGUGAGCCCAACACGGUGCCCACCCUGCUGGAGCCCUCGAUGCUGGAACCUUCCGCCACCACUGUAACCUCCUCGUCGGAGGCCUCGCAACCCUCCUUCAGCAGCACCGUUGCCUCACUCACACCCACCGUAUCCAGCACCCCGCCGCGCGCCACACCCCCGCUGGUCGCCCCCACCAGGCCACAGCCGCCAGUCGUGGGCACCUUCGCCCCGCGGCCGGGCAUGGUGCUCGAUGAUCCUGGCUACCACCCAGGCGAGGUCAUCACGGGCCCCGCCGUGCCACACGUGCUUCCCGCCGCUGGGGACGUGUUCGAUGUGACGGUGUCGGCCCACCACGGCUACGGGAACGGGCCUGUCAGACGACCCCCGGUCUACACCCCGCCCUACGGCCCCCCACUGGGCGAGGCCCUCCCCGCAGACCCUGAAGACCCCGUGCUCAUCACCCCGGCCGGAGGACCUGACAAUUUUGUGUCCAUCGACGGAAGAAAGACCUACUUCGACCUGUUCCCCGCCGCCACCCAGGCCCAGCAGCCACAGCAGCAGCAACAGACGGUAGGCUUGGGAGUGGGUGUGGUCAUUCCUGACGACGACAUCGACCAGACCUUCCCAGUACCCUCGGCACCGUCUGCACCUCGGCCUGCAAUACCCCGCCCUCCGCCCCCUGCCCGCCCUCCUGCUCCUGCCCCAACCCCACCCACGCCUCCCCCCAGGAAGACCUUCACGAGGAGACCCACCCAGCCCUCUAUCAGAAUUGACACGUGCAUCGUCGGGGAUGACUCCACGUGCCAGGAGCGGCUGGGGGAAGUGUGCCGCACGGAGGAGGAAGUGUCCAGCUGCUACUGUAAGCCUGGCACGGCGCGGCGCAGGCCCAGGACGCCGUGCAAAAAAAUGGUGUCGCUGCAGGUGUCCAUCAAGGUGGAUCGCGUGGGCCCGCAGCGCAUCGUGUGGAGCGGCCAAUACUCUGACCCCGCGUCCGACGAGUUCCGUCUGCUGCAGUGGGAGGCGCACCACGCGAUCACCAACGCCAUGUCCAAAACCAGAAUCGGGUCGGCGUAUUUGGGCAACGCCGUCAACAGCUUCUACUCUCUGGGCGGGAAGGUCAUCGUCAACGCCACGGUGAACCUCGAGGACCAGCCUGCCACGAGGACGAGGUCGGUGCGCCAGGCCCUCCAGCGGCAGAUGAUCCAGGUCAUCCAGAGCCACGCCAACAACAUCGGGGACUCGCCUCUCGGGGUGGACGGCCCCCUCAACCCCAUCCCAGACGUCUCAGAUAUCAAUGAGUGUAAUGAUAUCACUCUUCACAACUGCCACGCCACAGCCACCUGCAUCAACAAAUUUGGCACCUUCACCUGCCGCUGCCUACCUGGAUACACUGACAGGUUUACUGAUGAUCCGGAGCUUGUGGGGCGGCGCUGUGAAACCUGUUCCUCGGAGCACUGCAAUAAGCGUGGCGAGUGCUCGAUUAAGGACGGACAAAAAGUGUGCCAAUGCCGUGGCUCCUACUAUGGCAGCCAGUGUGAGAUAGACGGGGAGGUGCUGGGAGUAGCUGUUGGGGCAUCUGUGGCUGCUGUCCUCAUCAUCAUCCUCACCCUUAUCUUCCUCUGUAUGUGGAGCCGUCGCUGGAAGGCUCAGGAUCGUAAGACUGAAGUGCUGGCUCGAGGUGCUGCGGCAGCUGGGGCAGGCUUGGGUGGCUUCACAGUCAAUGUACAGCACAAAGGAGCCACGAUGGGCACCCAGUAUGGUGUCUCCCUGGAGGACAGGAUGCGUUGGGCACAGAUUGCAGACACCCUCUCAAAGCAUAACAUCUAUGCUCAUCAGGAUGGGCGUGUGGGCAGUGAGGGCGGCCCAAGCCUCUACACUGCCUCCAGUAGUGAUUACCUCACCGCAUCCCACCUACACUCCCGCCCAUUCUCCGCCCUCAACCGUGUCACCCGGGCUCUAUCAAAUUCCACUCUGGGGGCUGUAGGUGGGAGUGGGCUGGUAGGCCGCCUGCAAAGGGUGUUUGGCCGAGCCCGCACUACCCGAGCCCGGAGGGGAAAACGGGAGCCCACUGAGCAGCCCACCGCCCUCACUCUUCAGCAGCUGAUGGCUCUCCAUGCCCAGCUGUCCGUUACUCCUGAGCAGAUGCAGGGAGGGGGUAAUCCUCCUGUCCCACCUACCUCUUCUGCCCCUACCUCCCACAUUUUCCAGCACCAACACUCCAGACAGAUGGCAGGUCCGUCCUCUGGAGGAUUUCCAUCGCUGGGAACCAUUGGGUCCAACAAUUCCAUGCAUCCCCAGCAGUUUGGCUUGCAGCACCUGAACCCUAUGGCUCACCUCAACUCCCUUGCCCACCAACAACAGCAGCACCAACACUACAGUAAACAAAAAGCAUAUGGGUCUCAAUCAACAUAUGGACAAUAUGGUCCAUCAUCCCUCAACACCAUGUCUCAUGAUGGGGUGUCCCGAGCCCCCACUCUUGGAGCAAGAACUCCUGUACCACUGGUGGAUGUUGGGGGGGCCACCACACUGGGACCCAUGGGUGGGGCAAGUGUAGCUCACACAGGUCAUGAGGGAUCUGAGGAUGAGGUUGAGCGGCCCUACCACUUGCCUCGCCCCAAGUCUCGCAUCUCCCUUGGGGACUCCAGUGACAUUUAUUAUGAGCCGGACGACAUCCAGACUUCCAUCUCGCCCCGUGGUCCCCCCUCCAGACCCCCUCCCCCCCUCCCCAGGACCAUGCACCCUCAGACCUACAAUUACCCCUUCUUCCAUUGACUGUCCCUCUGUUUCACUCUGGCCAAGGGUACUGUUAAUAAGGAUCAUAAUGGGGAAGCUUGAGAAAUUUACUAUUUCUUCCCAUGAGGUCUUUUUUCUUACAUGGGAAUUCAAUAGCAUUUGUCUCAUGUGAAUGCAAGAACCAUUCUUGCUGUGUAAUUUUAGAAAAGUUCAGUUAUUUGUUUUUCAUUUGUACAUGUUGUACAAGUAUAUGAUUUCUGUACUCAUGAAGUAAGGAGCACACUUAAUAGUUUAACUCCAAAGGUAUUAGUAGUUGAUUACACAUUAUUCUUCCGUUGUCUGUCCAUCUGUCUGCAUUUUAUUCCCCACUAACAUAUUUACCUGCUCACCUCUGACUUACAUUAUACAGUCUUCAUCCACAGUGAUGAAAAACCCACUUUUGUUAACUAUUGGUUACCUACGCUGCCACCCCACACUCACAUUGGAAACUGUCAUAUAAGCCUGUUUGAUAGUUUUCUCAGCAUUUUCUACAGAAAAUUUAUUGUAGUCACCAUGUUAUGCUGGAAAUGUGUCAUCAUUCUCCUCUUCUGGCUUGCCAUGGUCAGUGGCUCUGCACUUUCCCUUUAAUAUUUACACUUUUUGGUGAUGUUGACCGCUACUGUGUGGUGUCUUACCAUGCACUACCAACCCACAAUUUACAGUUUUGUGUUGAUUAAUUUCUUGAAGCUCAUGAAGAUAUUUUCAUUGUUGUGGUGAAUACUUGCAUAUACUUGAACACCCUCCAUUAUCCAACCAGUAACAGUAGGUGUAUCUGCAUGUAUACCUAUGUAUGCAUAUUAUCAACCUGUAUUUCAAACAGGUUAGAAACCAAGGGAGGUACCCCAAGACUAAAGUGUGUGAGUUUUUAGUUUCAUGUAUAAAUGCCUCAAUGCAUAACUUGAAGGAAACUUCAAGCCAGUCAGUAUGUGAGGACCAACUCAAAUAUGUGAUACUUGACCCUCAUGCUCAUGUUGCUAUUACUUUUGUUAAUACAUAAUGUGUGCUUUUUACUUUAAAAUGAUCCUUACAGUAUAAUUUCCCUUUUGGCAAAAAUUAGGCAGAAGCAUUACAUAUGCUAUGUAGAGUGACAUGAAAUUUCUAGUUGUUGAACUUCAUCAGAAUAACUUUUUUAUGAAUUUGAUCACGUUUUUACUCACUUUUUUAUUUUUCCUUCCUAUGUGUUGCCUUUGCUGUGAUGACUCACUCUCCUUUGGUGCUCAGAAGGACAUUUACUGCUCCUUGUGCUUAAAUUGUCCAAAAGAAAAAUCAAUGUCAAACAAGAUACACAUACCUCCAGUUUCAUCAGCCAUGAUUGCCCAACAACAAAUAUGUUGAAAUACAUUAUGAAUAUUAUGUUAAUGCAUGAGUGUGUCAGCCAAACAAGGGUCUGGAGGAGCUAAAGCAAACUGAACUCAUUGCUGCAUCAUGUCAUUCUGCCAGAGCUUGACUGGAAGAUAGACCAUUCAUAUUUUCAAGCUAGAUGAAGCCAAUGAUAUUUUUGCAUUAGGGAAGAGUCCCAAGUGCCUCUCCCAAGGCAGCCAUUCUGUCUGAGAGACCACAUGUACUAUAGUGUGUGUUUGUGUAUAUGUGUGAGUGUGUGUGUCACUGUGUGUGUGUGUGUGUGUGUGUG